CCCGCGCGCUACUUCGUUCCAUUCCAUUCACAUUCACUCGCCGUUUAGCAUUCGUUCGUGUUGUGUGUUUCGUAACGUUUGUUAUCCGUCCAACUUUUCUUUGAGCGCGAGUGAUAUUUUUGUAAAAAUGGCAAGAUUCGCUUUAAUUGUUCCUGUAGUUUUAUUUGCAUUUUUCGCACAUGAUGCUGAUGCAGUCCGGUGUUGGACAUGUUCUUCAGACCUGAACCCGCUCUGCAAUGACCCCUUCCUGGUGAGCCAGUCAGAGAACUCGUAUCUCUUCCGCCUUGAAAACUGCGACGCGACCUCCGCCGUGUCCUACCCCUACCUCACAUCUUCAAUCUCCGCUUGCAAGAAGCAGAAGAAAUUCGUGCACGGUGCUUUGGUCAUAUCGCGUGGCUGCACAUGGAAACGUAAGGACGAUUACACGAACACCUGUCCCAGUACAUCGACGUCAGCCAACGAGGUGACCUCUUUCUGCGAGACUUGUGACUACGAUGGUUGUAAUGGAGCUGCUGCUAUCUCUAAGACUAUCGCUUUAGUUCUCGCACCACUCGGUCUAUUGCUCUUUAAGUAACAGUAAAAUUACAGUGUUAAUAUGGGACCAUAUACCAUUACGAUGCACCCACCGUUCAAGGCCUAAGGAAAUAGUAAACAUAAAGCGAAAAGAGAAACCGCCUUAUCACCAUAAAAUCGACUUGAAACAUUUUUACUAAAACAUAUUGUAACUCUGCUUUUCAAAUACACUUAUAUGUACAAGUGCUUUAAAACUGGCAACCCAAAGCUAAUGCUUUUGACAUAAUCUGUUGUUACAUGUUACAUUUUUAUAUAUUUUUUUUCUAUUUUAAUGUAUUGCAAAUCAUUAUAUCUAAAUAUUUUAAAAUAUUUCACUUAAGAUUGUUAUUUAGGUCGCUAAGCAGAUAUUUCUAUUCUAAACUCAUAGAUUUAUAUAAGCUGUUUUUAAUUAAUGUAUGGUAACAUUUUUGUUUAACUAUUUUUGACAGUUUAAUCUUUGCACUUCUAUAGUUUUCUAUUUACUACCAAAUUGCUGAAUACAUAUAUGCAGAUUUUGGUAAUACCAAGAAAUAUUAAGAGAGACAAAUUCUGUUAUUUUUAUCAAUACGUAAAAUAUAUAGAUAACAUUUAUAACUAAAACAAAGACGGUUUUGAUAAACAUUUACGUUGAUCGCGAAAAAAAGUUUCCAAUACUAAUUACGGCACAAAUUGUAUUAACUCUUAUAUGCAUAAUAUACAUCCGUCUUACUCUUGGUUAAGGAUUUUUGUUUAGUUUAUAAUGUGCUAUGUUAAUUACUUGUAAAUACGUUGCUUUUUUCAUAAUCAUGUUUCUGGUAACCACCGUAGUAUAUAAUGUAUCUUUUAAAAUAUGUUGUCACUUUCUUAACACGUUAAACGCCACUCUGGCUACCGGUGACCGGAUCCCUGCUUGCAUUUAAGCGCCGCCAGUGACCUCAUGAAGUUUUUUUAUAAUAUUUGCGGAACCCAGCUACUGAUUGAACGCCAAACUAGAUAUAUUUUGAAGAUUCGACAUAACGCAUCUAUUUCAAGCAAAAAGUUUUUUAGUGAUUCUUCUAUUUGUACUAUGGCGUUAAACGUGUUUAUAUGUAAGCGUAGUAAAUAAUAUGGAUGUAGUAUUAAUAUUUUUUCAUUUAAUAUCUUACGCUAAAUUGGUGCAUUGUUUUAAGUACAAAGUUAAUUUUUAAAUUGUGGAUUUGAAUAAAUUAAGUCAC